GUUAGCGCCAUGGAUUAUUCGCUCGAUCAGUUGACAGAUUGUCAGAGUCAGAUGCUUUCCUACUGGGAGCUCAUUCGUGUCGAAAUAGAAAAUAUACGAUCGGAUCAUUCCGCAUUUAAGACGCAAGAUUUACCACUUGCUCGGAUAAAAAAGAUAAUGAAGCUUGAUGAUGAUAUCAAAACAAUGAUGAUCAGUGCAGAAGCUCCGAUCCUAUUCGCCAAAGCUGCUGAGUUAUUCAUUCGUGAGCUCACCCUACGUGCGUGGAUUCAUACGGAACGAAAUCGGCGUCGCACCCUGCAGCGGAACGAUAUUGCAAUGGCAGUAAGCGACGGAGAUACGGACCAGUUUGACUUCCUCAUCGACAUUGUCCCACGCGAGGAAGUUCGAGGGCACCGACGGCCUCAUUCGUCGUCGACAAUCACAAAUCAGAAUAUUAACGUUCCAUCUUCCGUUACGGUUAAGUCGGAGAAUACAACCGGCUCUAGUCCCUUCACCACCGCUAACGGUCGAAUCAGCACGCACAGUAUCUCCACGCUCCCAACUGAUGCAUCCGCGGCAACAACUCAUCCACAAGCAGUCACUAUUACUCUGGGUGGUACUGCGACCUCGGCAGCGGGCACCCCCGAUGUGGUGGACAACACUACGGUUGUUCAACCGAGCCAGACACCAACUAUCCAGUUUGCCACAGCGCCUACUGCAGUUCAGUCCACCGCAGCACUCGUAACUGGUCAGGCAACGACAACGAACAACAAUAACAGCCUAUCCUCAAGUACAACUGCCACAGUUGCCACUACGACAACCGCCCCAGCAGUAGCCCCCAUACAGUACGUGCUGCAGCUUCCUGUUGGGGCUGGAGGCGCCGCUGCUGGACAGCCUUUCCAAAUUCAACUUUUACCUCAACAUUUCCAGUCGAGCAGCACGGAUGCUAUGUCUUCCCCUACUGUGGCUGGACAGACCGGCACACUGCUGACAGACGUCAACGGCAAUUCCGUUCCUGUGGUGCAGGUCGUUUCCCAGGGUGCCGCUGGACUCGCUUUACCAACAAUCUUGCAAGAUUCCAACGGGCAACGAACACAAAUACUACAACUUCAGCGCCCCACACUACUGCUACAGCCAUCUGACUCGAUGUUGGGUGCCACUGCUGUCCUAACUUCCAACAGUACAGACGGUGUAAACGGACAGGAACAACACAUUGCCUAUGCGUUGCACCAUCCGCAACAAAUAAUUCAGGCAGAUGUAACCAGUGAAGCAGACCAGAGUGCACAACUACUACUGACGUUCGCCGACCAUACGGCAUGUGUAGAGGAACCAGAGAAUGAACCAGACCCCAACAUGGAAACGGUUGAGACGAUUAACGACGUGGAAGCCGGCCCAGAGGAAAGCCAUAUUGUCGAGGAAGAAACUGUCACAUCAGAAAACUUCGCCGACGUUGUUCAGACUUAUCCAACAGAAGACUCUGUCAACUCAAAUCAGAUAACUGAUAAUGAUCAACUUCGCGACUCCGAGAGGACGUCAAAUGCAGAGAAUGUAGUGGAAGAGCUGCAACUUUCUGCCCCCGAAAAUGACACAGACCUGGGUGAGGUCGAUUCGGUUGUAGGCGAUGGCGAACCGGUAGACGACAAUCAACCGGAACUAGCCACGAGUGUGGACACGAUGACUGUCGAGGACCAAUCAUAA